AACACAACACAAAAGUAAAUAAGAGAGAGUAUUAUUAAAUUACUACAGUCAAAAGUGAAAUAAAAUAUCAAAGAAUAAAGGCAAUGAAAUAUGUUACUUCUCUUCUUCUCUAUAUAAUGAGACAUAGCAUAUGUUACUCCUCAAACCUUAUCCAUUUUCAAUCUCUAUAUUGUAUACCCUCAAGAGUGUUCCAUUUUCUUACCAAAGUGUUGUAUUCUUGUUCAAGAAAUUAAAAGCAUAACUGAAAACAGAGGACUCUGUUUGUGUUAUGGCUUCACUAUAUGAGGUGCUUGGGAUUUCAAUGGGAGCAAGCGGGCAUGAGAUAAAAGCUGCAUACAGAAAGCUAGCAAGAACAUGCCACCCUGAUGUGGUGGCCAUGAAUCAGAAGGAAAGCUCGGCCAACAUGUUCAUGAAGAUCCAUUCAGCUUAUUCAACACUUUCAGACCCAGAUAAGAGAGCUAAGUAUGAUAGAGAAACUUAUGGACACAAGGUCAUGAUAAGAUCUUCAUCAAACAUGGCUACUUCAGCUUUUAUGUCAGCAACAUACCAAUCAUUUUCUCAACAAGGGAGGAAGUGGGAAACAGAUCAAUGUUGGUAGUCUUGUAUUACAUUGUAUUAAUGCCAUUUUUUGUACGCUUCUGAUCAUAUUUAAUGCGUGUUCUAAGAUUAUUUACUAGUACCCGUUUUCAUUUGUUAUCUUACAAGUUACAUAUAAAACCAGAAAUGAA